AUGCAAAUCUCUCGCUUCUUCAACUCUCUCUUCCUGGCUUGCCUGGUUACCGCCCCGGCGGCUCUGGCGCAGGAGCAGAAUGAUCAAAGACUGGUCGCGCGCCACUUCGGCAAUGAUGGUCCUGGGACCGCUGCUGCGGCUAGGGCCAUCCCUUUGGCUCAACGCGGCCUUUUCGAUAAACCAGCAAAGAAGCCGGCCGCCAGCCCUGCAAAGCCGCCUGCCAGCCCUGCAAAGCCGCCUGCCAGCCCUGCAAAGCCGCCCGCCAGCCCUGCAAAGCCGCCCGCGAACGCGCCGGCGCGCAAGCCCAAGAAGAACGUCUGCAAGAUCAAGCAGCCCGGCAAGCCCGGCAAGCCGGGCCGCAGGAGCCUCGCCAAGAGGGCCGUCAAGGCCGUCGCCGAAGGCACCACAAUGACGGGCACCAAUGCCGACGAGCUGAGGACCUGGAGCCUCAAGAACUGUGUCGGCCUCGCGGCCUACGACUGCGAUACGGGCGCCAAAGUCAUGGCCCACAUUAACGGUGUCAACAGCAGGGGUCAGGACUACAGGGCGCAGACGGUUGCCUUCAUCUCCCAGGCCAGCCUCAUCAGCGAUACCGUCACCCUGCGGAAGCCCAACUCGGCCGACUUCAAGGACGACACGACCGCGGCAAACUGCGCCAAGAUCGCGGGCAUGGCCAUCGACAUCAGGGUGCAGCUCGAGACGGCUGGCUUCAAUGUCGUCGAGGAGAACCGAAAGAUCAAGGAUGCACCGCCUAAUUGGAAGCAUGGGAGUGGUGUUGGCCGGGGAGGGUUGAGGAGCAACGCGGGUGAGAUGCAUUGGGCGACGGACCCGGCCAAGUACAGCCGUCAGAAGGGGGCGUUCGAGGUCGCGUUAUCAUGCAGAUGGAGUCAAUAG